GGCCCUAUCUAUUCCAUCUCUCGAGCCCCGAAGAAAACCCCCCUCCCCUUCGGACUCCAUAUCUCUUUUGACUCUAUAUAUGUGGGCACCUGAUAUCUAUGAGGGUUCACCCACCCCCGUUACAGCAUUCCUUUCUAUUGCGCCUAAAAUCUCUAUUUUUGCUAAUAUUUCACGUGUUUCUAUUUAUGGUUCCUAUGGAGCUACAUUGCAACAAAUCUUCUUUUUCUGCAGCAUUGCUUCUAUGAUCUUAGGAGCACUGGCCGCCAUGGCCCAAACGAAAGUAAAAAGACCUCUAGCUCAUAGUUCAAUUGGACAUGUAGGUUAUAUUCGUACUGGGUUCUCAUGUGGAACCAUAGAAGGAAUUCAAUCACUACUAAUUGGUAUCUUUAUUUAUGCAUUAAUGACGAUAGAUGCAUUCGCCAUAGUUUUAGCAUUACGGCAAACCCGUGUCAAAUAUAUAGCGGAUUUGGGCGCUCUAGCCAAAACGAAUCCUAUUUCGGCUAUUACCUUCUCCAUUACUAUGUUCUCAUACGCAGGAAUACCCCCGUUAGCCGGCUUUUGUAGCAAAUUCUAUUUGUUCUUCGCCGCUUUGGGUUGUGGGGCUUACUUCCUAGCCCCAGUGGGAGUAGUGACUAGCGUUAUAGGUCGUUGGGCGGCCGGAAGGUUGCCACGAGUAAGUCAGUUUGGGGGACCGAAGGCAGUUCUCCGUGCACCGGACACGUAGCUUACCGAAUCAGUUGCGACACGGAUGGGAAUGCAUGCUACGAAAGAUAGGGUCGAGUCUGAUACAUCAAACGUCUACUCAAUAUCCUUGUACGAGUCCACAAUCACUACACGAGAUGAACCUUGGUUUGGUGAAUUGAAGUUGGCCUUAGGUGUAAUAGGACUCCCAGUUACUGCGCGCGAUCGUAUACUGAGAUGCUCCCCGCCGGUUGUUGGAACGACGCGAGCCAGGCUGGGCCUCGAUUCAGAAAGAUGAAGGGCCAAAAAUUAGAAAAGUAUAAAAAGGGGGUUACAAAUUCCCCAUCUCAUUGGGGGCGGAAAACGAAUCGACAUCUCGAUUUGAAAAUACCUUUUCUAUUUUAGUUGGGAAAGAACGGCGAAGUCCAUCCGGACCGUCCAAUGAAGAAUAAGAGGAGAACAAAGCGCCAAUGGCGCGCGAAGCGCAUGCGGAACGGGCACGGAGAAAAAUAAGUGUGGAGGAGAAGCAGCCGAGCUCAUUCCCUUCGCUUCCUGGGCCCAAAGCAGUGCAGUCUUUCCUGGUCAAAUCAAGGAUUUGGGGCUUCUUGCUACGCUACUUAACUAUAUAAAUCCAUUUUUUUUUAGUAAUAUAUAUGAAUAGAAAGAUAGAUCCAUCCAUCUAUCCUAUCCGAUUUAUAUUUGAAUAUCUAAAAAAAAAAUCGAUUUCAUUCACCGUUUGAUUCAAAGAACUGCGCUUAGCCCCCCCGCUCAUGAAACGGCUCUGCUGCAAUGGAUGGCAGAGGGUCCGUAGUACCCAAAGCACUGGAGUGAUCCAGUAGCCGGGAAGGGGCCUAGAAGUGCCUACUACUAUACCACACUACACUUGGCUCUACACAUUUACAGAGCUAACCCCUGUCCAGUGCCUGGCAGAGCUAAGGGGCUUCAAUCCUUAUUCCUUAUCCCCCCCAGGCUAAGGAGGCCUUACUUAUUCAGGGGGGAGAGUGGAGCCUCGAGAAGCACUGUUGAGAGGAAGAUCCUUGGCUCCUCUUCAUUCUCUACAGGUUCUUCAACAUAGGUGACAAGGAGCGAGGCAGAGAUGGAAGAGAUCGAACACGGGAAUAAGAAAGACUACGUUCCUUUUUGAUCAUUUUGAUAGAGGGGGAUGGAGAAAGUUGACAAAACAGACUCGCAUUUCCCGGUCGAAAAGAUGGGUUCCUUUUUCGUCUCGCAUUUUUUCAUAGAACAAAUACGGGAAAAAAAAUCAUAUUGAAAACGUUCCUAACCCAACCCCUUCCUUCGUAGAGCUGUGUAUUGUAAGUGAUCCGAACCUGCCCGGAGCGAGCCCCCCAUAGAGGCAAGUGAAGUUGGUGAGCCGUAUGAUGGGCAACUAUCUCUUGCGGUUCGGAGAGGACUCAGCUGUUAGUUAGUACCCCCUUGGUUUCGGGGUGGACUCUUUCACUCUAUUUUAUUAUAUACGCUUAGCGAAAAGAAUGUUUUUUGAUACACCUAGGACAUGGAUUCUAUAUGAACCAAUGGAUCGUAACAAGUCGUUACUACUAGCAAUGACUUCCUCUUUCAUUACUUCAUCCUUUCUAUAUCCCUCUCCCUUGUUCUCAGUUACUCAUCAAAUGGCACUCAGUUCAUAUCUUUAAGUUCGAUCAUUGACAAGGUUCAAAGAAAGGGUGGGCCAUUGAUAAAGAAUCGAUUUCAAACCACAAUGCUAGCAGAUGGCGGGCCUCCGCUUUUCUUUUCAUUAAUGAAACCUGCCAGUCAUUAUGGACUCAAAUCAAAAGGACAAAAAAUUAGGAUUAUUCAGGCGUUUGCCUCUUUGUUCAAAAGAAAAAAAAAAGACGUGGGUGGCAUUAUGACUGGAGUGUCAGUUAGAAAGGUUCUUACAAUGUUCGAAAAAAAAGCAGCAUUCUUCUUUUUUUUUUACUUAAGGAGAGGGAGGAGGGCUUUCUAAGAAGGGCUUGGGACCUAUAAACGGAACAACACAACAAACAUGAUGAAAUGAAGAAGAAUGAACGGGAGGCGUCGGAGGAAGGACUGACGAACUACUUACUUGUGUUUGGUUAACUACUUUACUGACUUGGGGUUCUUUCUCGUAAGUGGUACACCUACACCCUGCACGCACACUCACUCUAUCUAUAUACGUAUACGUUGAUAGCCUUUCGAAAAAAGCCCCUCUCUGUCUACUAAAUUAAAUACAGUUUUUUCAGGCCGAACAAUAGCAAGGCCCGGAUCCAGCUGAAAAACGGAAUGGAAUACUCUAAGAUGCUUCAUAGCUUCAACAAGCCCCUUUCUUAUUAUUAGUAAAAUAGGGUUCCAAACCUGCGCUCCAGCGAAGAAAACUACAGGGCGAUUGGUUGGUGGUUGGCUCUUUAUUCAGGUGCUCUUCUGUCUUCAGGUGGCUACUGCUUAGUUAGUUCUGUAGUUCUGUCUUGCUUGAGUUGCCUACCCCAUCUAUGCCUAUGCAACAGAGAAGAGAACAGCAACUACUGUGCUGUGCCCUACAACUGCUAUUGAACUGCCUCUACUCCGCCUACUUCUUGUGCCGACUUCGCCAGCCUCGCGGGGUACCGAUUUCCUCCUGCUUCGUGCGCCGGGCCGGGCCUGUACCUCCCAGAUUGUCUACUCCUCUUUCCCAUAUUUCCCAUACUAUUAUAUUAGCCGGCCUGUAUACCAACAAGAGCAACAGUUUUUAUUCAAAGAGCCACAUGUACUGCGUGUGCGCGCCGUUGACUCCUCUACUUAAUGGGCUAUUUCAUUUCGAAACCUACUUAGUUCAAAUUUCUAUUUCGUCUAUACGCCCAUGGGAUAUAUAAAAUGAAAAGAAAGAUUUGUGUUUAGCGUGACAGGAUCACCGGGAAUGGAAUAAAAAAAUUAAAAAAAGAGAAGUGUGUACCGUUGACCAGAAAAAAAAAUCUAAAAAAAAAAAUGGAAAGCCUUUUUCUUGCUUCGCUUACAUGCUUGUUCUAUGAGUUGACUACUCCAUUGGGGAAUACUCCUUAAUGUCAUAUACUGGAUGCUCGAGGCUCCCCCAAUCGAAAGCUGCGGCAGUUGGGGAGUCUCAAGAAGACCAAUGAGCACCCAUUGAUCGAGUUGGGGAGUUUACCUCUGCCUUCUUCUUUUUUAAUAUGAAUAUGAACUACGACAAGGAAAAUCAAUCCUUAGAAAGACAAACAUUGGAUUGUUUUUUUGGUAACAUAUUCUUUUUUUCUUUGUCUAUUGACUGAGUUGCCCUUUUCUUUUAUUUUAAGUUUACCUUUUCCAAUAUGUGAGAUGCGAGAAUGAAGCUCCAAAUAACUCGCCUUCAAACGCGGGUGGAACUGCACUCUUUUUUAGGAGAUAGAAGGAAGAGCAUGAAGAGGUUUUUUUUUCCUGAGGUCGGAAGCUGAAUCGAGAACUUCUAUUCAUUUUGCUACUGAGCCAAUAGCUCAAUAAAGGACAAUAAAGGAUCUACACCAAAGAAAAAAUGCAGGUUGGUUCCUGUUGAAUUGAAAGGGCGGUGGAAAGGGUGCUGCGCUAACAAAGAGGUAGCUUACCUACAAUCAAAAAAAGAAAUCCCAAUUAAACUGUUAGGGAAGGGAUUCUAAACAUUUGAAUUCCCCUAUUCAAUACUAUGCUUAUAAAUUAUAAAUUGACUAUUUAGAUGUUAUAUGCUAGGAUAUUAAUCCAAGCCUAAGCCUAAAAAGAUUGUGAAAGUCCGUAAGAGAUAAGUAUAUUAUUGAAGUGAAGCUCAGUUUUAAACAGUCAUUUGAUACUUUUUUUAUGGCAGUUGGAGUGAAUUGACCAACAUUUACAUAUGAAAUUAUUCUGUUGGGGAAGAUUUCACAAUAUUUUUUGCUAGCCUGCCUAUCCCGAUAAGAACAAUGGCCAAUGGCAUUACAUCCAGUGACAUCCUAUCCUCUCCAUAGGAAGAGUAUGGGCUACUUAUCCUGUAUAUAUCUAGCUGGGUUGACCCUUUUCUUCAAGCUUAAGUAGGUUAAAGCCUUCGCCUCAUCAAGAGAAUUACCCCUCUAGUUCUAGGGGAACUUUCAAUCUACAACAGGUAAAUCCACUCGAAAAAGAGAGAGCCCACUUUUAACUCCUUUAUAAAAAACUCCUUUGCUUGGAGAGAGCGCGUAAGCUGCUUCGGGAUUCACUCAAAAAAGACUAGGCUGAAUCUUCUGCCUAUUCUUCGCGGGUGCCCUAUUUUAGACUGGACUUAAUCUUAGAGUUCUAACUCUUAAUUAAAAAGCGCCCUUUACUUUAAUUCAAAUAAAGACCAGGGAAAUAAAAGCUUAAAGCAAAGUUAGCUAUUCUUACUUCUGGCCUUACUUCACCCAUGAACGGUAAUGCCCCGAAUCCCUUUAUUCAUCUUAAACUGAAGGAACGCAUUAUUCAAUUUCAAUUAAAAUUGGGACUAGUUCAGUACCAUCCUCGCCCCCGUGGAGGAAAUAGCUUAAUUAGAGUUAUUUAAAGACUGGCGCCAUCUCCGCCCCUUAUUAUAAUUAUGAGUCAGGCCUUUUUUCAUCUUCAAGCACUCUUUCCGCGUAUGCAAAGGUUAAAAUCAAAGUCGGAGGCUGGGACCAUUCCGCUUCUGCAAGUGUGCCACGAUACUUGCACGUGCUUGGGCACGAAUAUCCUCUGCUUUCGAACAAUAGCAAGUCGACCUUAUUGAUCUCUGGAACUAGCUACCAGCUCGUCCACAGAAAUGUUCCCUAGCUAAUCCAUCGCCCUUCUCAUUCCUAGCCGCAGCUGCUCUUGCGCCGAAGAUG